ACGAAGCUGUUUUAAAGGAACGGGCUGCUUGAGCAGAUGACAGUUCUAAUUGCCUUUCCAUUUACAAGUGAUCAGCUUAAAAAAGGUCCUGCUUUUUUAACUUCUUUCGUCGACCUUACAGAAUUUGAACCAGGGACCAGAAUGCCUCCCAUAUUCCUAGUCCCCAUUUGUCUUCUGUCCAUACUGUCUGGAUUUCAGUGCCAGACUGAUAAGAGAAAUGAACACCAGGAUGUCUAUUCCCAAGCGGAUACAUUAGAAAUCCCAGCUCAUCUAAAAGCAGAUGUGACGGAAGUGUUUUUCUUGGGAACUGGUAUUUCAGAGAUCAAAAAUGGGGCCUUUAAAAACAACCCUCAGCUAUCAAAGAUCAGCUUUCUUAACAACCCUAUUGUUUCAAUAGAAACUAAUGCAUUUGAAGGUUUAGGCAGCAUUUCAGAAAUUGAAGUUUCAGGCGGUCAGCUGCAGUCGCUACCUGUUGGUGUCUUCGACAGCGUUAAAAACCUGGAAACUCUCAUAUUAAAGAACAACAAAAUCCACACAAUACAGAAAGGAUUAUUCAAUGGACUUACACGUUUGAAAUCUCUUGAACUGCACAUAAAUGCAAUCGAUUCAAUUCCUGAAGAAAUAUUUGAUCAGCUUGAAAAUCUUGAAACUCUUCACCUGGCCAAAAACCAUAUAACCUCUGUUUCAAAAGAUAUUUUCAGUAAACUUCAUAAACUUAAAAAGCUCAGACUUUACGAGAACGAGCUCAGAGCUGUUCCUGAUGGCAUCUUUGAUAACCUGCCCAGUUUGACUGAGAUCGCACUGCAAUCCAACAAGAUCGAAACGUUGCCUCCUGGUCUAUUUGCACAAAAUACAAAUGUAGAGAAGCUGUACAUGGAAAAUAACUCAAUUUCACAGUUACCAGUAGGAAUUUUCUUUGGUCUUCCUAAAAUCAAAUAUCUAAAGAUUGAUAAUAACCAACUAACAAAACUGCCGGAUGUUCUUUUUGGAGCAAUGCCCAAACUGACUGAUCUUAAGCUUUCUAACAAUGCUCUCACAACUCUCCCAGAUAGGAUCUUCAGCAAUCUCACCUCUCUGCAGAAACUAGUUCUGUCUAACAAUCACAUUACUCAAUUGACAAGCUCAAUUUCUGAGGGGCUGAAAAAGCUGGUGGACCUAGAUUUACAAAAUAAUAAUCUGAAGUCCUUGGACAGCCAGACAUUUGUCCUUUUGCCCAAACUCAAAAAAUUAUCACUAAAAGGUAAUCCGUGGAAUUGUGACUGCAAUUUGAUCAAUCUUGUCAACUGGAUAAAAGCAAAUCCGACAAAGGUCAAGUCAUCCACAUCUGGGACUUGUGAAAGUCCUGAAAAUCUGAAAGGUAAAGCCUUAAACUCGUUAACAGAAGACCAGCUCAUUUGUCCAACUACUCCUGUUGUCAUCACCACACCAGCACCUACCACCACGACAGCCUUCACAACUACGCUAAGUACUACAGUUCCUGCCACUAGCAAGAUCAAGACUACAUUACAACUAACAACAGUGGAAGACACAACCACAACCAUGACCACCACUAAAGCCACACCCACCACUACAGUGAUGCCAACCACACUGGCAACCACAACCGAGCAGCUCACAUCCACAGAGCCAACAGCAUUACUUACAACCUCCACAGAGCUUGAAACCACCAUGGAAAUGAGUACCACUGCUGCAGAAACCACAGCCCUGCCAACAACUACGGUGGCUUUGACAACCACAGCCCUAACAACCUCAUCCACUCCAGAAACUACAGAGCAAACAACUACCAUUGUAACGACGACACCACCAACAACAACCACAACUGCAGUGGCCAUGACAACCACAGCCCUAACAACCUCAUCCACGCCAGAAACUAUAGAGCAAACAACUACCAUUGUAACGACGACACCACCAACAACAACCACAACUGCAGUGGCCAUGACAACCACAGCCCUAACAACCUCAUCCACGCCAGAAACUAUAGAGCAAACAACUACCAUUGUAACGACGACACCACCAACAACAACCACAACUGCAGUGGCCAUGACAACCACAGCCCUAACAACUUCAUCCACGCCAGAAACUAUAGAGCAAACAACUACCAUUGUAACGACGACACCACCAACAACAACCACAACUACAGUGGCCUGGACAACCAGCACUCAGCUUGAAACAAUAGAACUAACGACAACCGUUUUAACGACAAGACCAACACCACCUCUGAAGACUACUCUAACAUGGACAACUUCUACCCAGCCAGAAAUUACAGAGCUAACAAGUCCAAUGUAUACAACACCAACUAUUGAAAUAUCUGGGAUCUACACUGAUCCUGAAACCACAACAUAUUUAACUGAAACAACAAGUCUUGCCCAGUCAACCCAGACCAUACAGCUUCCAGUAACAUCUGAUUCACAGUACAGUUUAGAUACUUGGGUAGACAUAUCCUACUGCAAGAUGAUGCUGAUAUCAUACACAGCAAUGGUGGUGGUGGAAAUCUGUUUCACCUUGGUCCUGGCAAAAUUUGUAUACACACUUUAUCAGUCCCUUCAGUGCAGAAGGAAAAUGAAUUCAAAUGUCAGUCUCACACAUUUCUCAUACAGGAAAGAGCUGAUACUGCAACCCAGGAACUAGAGAAUUUGUUAUUUUUAUUUUAUUAGCUUUGUAGCUAUUCAACAAAAUUAUGUGAAAUUUCUUAACAGUAGACAUGUUAAAGCAAGUGUAAAUAAAGGUCCUGAAAUUUACUUUAAAUGUGAGCUUCUGGGAAAUCGAUUUUUGAUUGUCAGGGAUCUGUGGACAUGAUAUAAUCACAGUAAAAGCUGACAGCCAUUCACUGCACAGAAACACAGUAUCUGAAUGAUUUACAUUUUGACGGAUCAUCUAGAAACUGGACCUGCAAGAGCAGGACUAUCGCAAAGGGUCACAAUUUACAAUAUAAUUUGGCCAUUACAAAAACAAAUGACUGUGUGCACUUAAUUUGUAUUUGCUAAAGUGAAAGCUUUAUAAAAUAAGCAUUUCAUUUAUACAUUAUAGAAUUUGUAUAUGUUUGCAAGCAUUAGCAUCCUUGCAUAAACAUGCACAUACAGCAUGCAUGUGUUAAUUAUAUCAUUAUCUGUGUAGUGAACUCUCAGAAGAUCCAGCCACUGUGGAUGUAUAUUCAAAAAAUAUUAAAUAAAGGCAUUCUGGAAGCAUUAAUAUAAUAGUGUACAGACUGAAACAUUUUUAUAAGAUUAUGGUCAAUAAACUCUCCAUGUUAGUGUGUGCAUAUUUAUUUUCUUUAUGGCAUACUUUGGGAUAAAAGGGCCAACUUAAUGAAGGGAAAUGUUAAUGUCCAAAAUAAAACCAGCAACAAGUUAGAAUAUUCCUUUCAGGAUUCAAUCUCAAGUUCUGAUACUGAACCAGAACAACUUGCACUUUCCAUGAAUGUUAUGAGUUAGUUAGCAAACACCUGUCCUCCUGGCUGUCAUUCAGAGCACCUUACAGGGGAACCAGCCACACAGAUGUCGUGCCACAGCCUAGCCCUUGAUUAGCCAUUUAUCUUGUCUUUACUGAGGUGGAGUUUUCAAACAGGCCUGGGUGUGGCAAACAGCAGGACCAAUCCCAUCUCUCUCAGAUAUUGUAAUGUAGGUUCACAGGUCUUGUCUAUUCUGAUAGAAGUUGAUUGAUCUGACCUCUAUUGUGAUGCAGGCUGUAAACUGUCUGGAUAGAGCUGCUCUGACAUGGAAGCUGUGUCCUCUACUAGGCUUUAAGCCCCGGUUGCCAAGCAAUUAAACAAACAAUGUCACUAAAAUCCCAAUUAAAAAAAUACAUUAUUUUAUUUUAUACACACACAGAUCGUUCCCUCGUUAUUUCAGUUAAAUCUUUGGUUCAUAUUUAAAGUAUGGGGUCAACAUUUCUAGUGAAAGGAAAAUGAAUACAAUCAUGUAACUACUGUAAAAACUACCAAGAAACUACUAUGAAUAGUAAUGUAACUAGUAACUGAAUUCAAUUAAACUCCCUUGUAUUCCUCUCAGAAAAUGUGCCUUUG